AUGGGCUUUCUUUUGCAUGUUAUAUCUCAGGUUGUUUCCGCUUUGAGAGAAGCUGGUUUGGAGUCUUCGAAUCUUAUAAUUGGUAUUGACUUCACCAAAAGCAAUGAGUGGACAGGAAAAUAUUCUUUCAACCAUAAAAGCCUUCAUUAUAUUGGAAACACUCCUAAUCCAUAUGAGCAAGCGAUCUCUAUUAUUGGCCGUACUCUCUCUUCGUUUGAUGAAGACAAUCUGAUCCCAUGUUUUGGAUUUGGUGAUGCAUAUACACAUGAUCAGAAUGUGUUCAGCUUUUAUCCCGAUGAUCGCUAUUGUCACGGUUUUGAGGAAGUACUUGCACGCUACCGAGAGAUUGUGCCACACUUAAAAUUGGCAGGUCCAACAUCAUUUGCCCCUGUAAUCGAUGCAGCAGUUGAUAUUGUGGAAAGAAGCAAUGGUCAAUACCAUGUUCUUGUCCUUAUUGCUGAUGGACAGGUUACCAGAAAUUCAGGCACACCACAUGGAAAGUUUAGACCACAGGAAGAAACAACUAUUAAUUCCAUUAUUGCUGCAAGUCACUAUCCCCUCUCAAUUAUUUUGGUUGGAGUUGGAGAUGGUCCAUGGGAUGAAAUGAAGAACUUCGAUGAUAGCAUUGCUCAGCGCUUAUUUGACAACUUUCAGUUUGUGAAUUUCACAAAGAUCAUGUCUGAAAACAAAGAUGCAUCAAAGAAGGAAGCAGCAUUUGCACUUGCUGCCCUUAUGGAAAUUCCAAUUCAAUACCGGAUAACCCAAAACCUUCAACUUGCCAAUGAAAAGUCAAUUAGCUAUCAACGUAAAAGGCCUAUUCCUCCGCCUAAGGAAGUAAUAGAUCGUGACAAUGCAGUUCUAGCAGUUCCAAAAUUUGAAUCAGUUGAGCCAUCAGGUCCAGCUACGGUAGAAUCAGCAUGCCCUAUUUGCUUAACCAAUCCGAAGGACAUGGCUUUUGGAUGCGGUCAUACAGUAAGUUUCUGUAAUGAACUUUAUUCGAUUCUAAUGUUUAUGUGCCAUAGGGUUUUAACUAUUUAUGUUUGAUAAUCCUAAUUUCUUUUUCACUUUAUGCUAUUGUCAAUGUUAAUGUUUUGGUUUCGGGUUUAAUCAAUGUUUAAAGGAAUUUUUAAGUUGAAAACUUUUUCGUUUGAGAAACUCUUACUUUUGUGCUUGGGAUGAAAAUUGAUGGAAAAAUGAAAAAGAUACUUUCCUUUCUCAAAGUCAGAAUAAUGCAACGAUUAAAUAUUUAUCUCAGCAUUGCUGUGACUUUAAGUCUUAAGAGAACUAUUAUAAAAGUCAAUGAAUUUAUUAUCCACAGUAGUUUAUGAUCAAAUAAUAGGUUCAAUUAAUCGUUCACUCUAGUACAUAAUCCGUAACAAACUAACAAAAUGGG